UGGAAAAGACAUAUUAAAGUGGUUAGGACUUAAUGAAUAUUGGGUACAGAUUUUUGGUUUUAAAUACUAAAUGAUGAUGAGCUGAACAUCUACUCCUCAAUUCAUGAUGACGCACAUGGCGGAUGUAUUUAUUGUAGAUCUGUCUUGAGAAAGCACUUAAAGUUUUGACUACACUCCCUGUUUACCACAGUUUUGGGUCUGGUGUUACAAUUCAAAAAUUACAUUUGUUAAUUUCAGUGGAUUAAUGAAACAAUAUGUACCUUCUCUGGUUGUGCAAGUUUAUGGAUUAACAGGUAAAUUCAGACAAUCCGUACUUUAGACUGAGGCUCAACGCCUGGUUGACCAACCUACAUAGGUGAAUAUAAAGUUCAGAUUCAACCAUGCAGACACCAAAUUUCAGCUCAGGAGGAGCAUCCUGAACAUCUCUACACACGGAGACAACAUGGACCCAAGAGCCUCACUCUCCAUUCUGCUGCUGUUGGCUGGCAUUUCCUUGGCGAAUCCUGUCAGGAGUAAUUUACAACUUUUCUUUAUUUUUCAUAAUCAGAAGCCUGGCCCUCCUGCAUUCCUACCCAUACCUGGAAAUGUGGACAUCACUACAAAGUUUCUGGAGACCAACAAAGGAUCUUCUGAACACCUGAUUGAAGGAGAUCUGGUGUUUCCCAAAACUAAAAACGCUCUCUACUGCUUUAACAACAACUGUUUCUGGAAGAAAAACUCUAACAACCUAGUGGAGGUCCCUUACAUAGUGAGCAGUGAAUACUCCUCUACUGACAUCUCAGUUAUUAAGAAUGCCAUGUCUACCUUUCACAACAAGACUUGCAUUCGCUUCGUACCCAGAUUAAAUCAAACUGACUACAUCAGUAUUGAGAACAAAGAUGGGUGCUACUCUUAUCUUGGUAGAAUUGGUGGCAAACAGGUGGUCUCCUUCAACAGGCAAGGCUGUGUGUAUCACGGCAUUAUUCAGCAUGAACUCAAUCAUGCCCUGGGCUUCUACCACGAACACACCAGGAGCGAUCGUGACAAGUAUGUUAAGAUCAACUGGGAGUAUGUCCCAACUGAUAAGGCCAGCAACUUCCAAAUACAGAACACCAACAAUCAAAACACCACAUAUGACUACGGCUCCAUCAUGCACUAUGGAAAAACAGCCUUCACCACCCAAGCUGGAAAGAACACCAUCACUCCCAUUCCUGAUGCAACAGUGGCAAUCGGACAGAGGCAGGAUAUGUCUAACCUCGACAUCCUGAGGAUCAACAAGCUUUAUGGAUGUGUUGUUUGAGAUAAUGUAAUACGGUUUACCCAUUCACAGAUUAUUAAUGUAAUGAGGUGAUGGUCUUUGUCUUUCAUGGUUUUUCCAAAAUGUUGUUGGGGGAUAAAUCUAAUAAAACU